GGGACGGGGCCGGGCCGGGGGUGGAAUCCAAGCGGGCGCGUCCGCGCGUGCGCACCCCGCGCGCGCUUCGGUCGCGGAGCGGCCUUCGGCGGCCUCUUCUGCAAAUGGGCUCCGUGGCCUAGCGUCCCCGUCCCCGCCACGUGUGAUCGCGCGCCGAGGCCCACGAGGGGUCGUCGCCGAGGUUUCCACCAGCCCGCAAGCGACAGCAUGGCAGCCAUCCCCUCCAGCGGCUCGCUCGUGGCCACCCACGACUAUUACCGGCGCCGCCUGGGCUCCACUUCCAGUAACAGCUCCUGCGGAAGUGCGGAGUAUGCUGGGGAAGCCAUCCCUCACCACCCGGGUCUCCCCAAGGCCGACCCGGGUCACUGGUGGGCAAGCUUCUUCUUCGGGAAGUCCGCUCUCCCGUUCAUGGCUACAGUGUUGGAGUCUCCAGAACGCAAAAUACCCAAAAGGAAGUUGAGAGGAUCCCACUCUCUACUCUCCAAGCCACGUGAAAGCCUUCCUCACACCCUGGAACCGUGUGCCUUGCACCAAGUGGAAAAUAAACUCCAAGCAGCCAGUGGCCCCGGUGGUGUAUGUGAGCUGCGUGCCCCCGGGCCUGUGGUCAAAGUCACCAAAUCCUUCUCAGCCUAUUUCUUGGCGGGGGCGGGGAGUUGACCUUGCCCCCUGGGCCUUCCUGGGGCCCCUCGCUGGGGAGCCACCUCUCAGGUCUGGCCCAGGUUCACACGGGUGACAACUUUAGUGAGUAUGGGGCCUUGGCACCUGAGAAGGGGUGGGGUGCCUUGCUGUUUUGGGGAGCCUGGGAGAGCAGGCAGUUCCGGAGUUGGACAAGAAGUCUCCCGGGCAGCCACUGAGGUUCGAGUCCUCAGACUUGGCCCCUGGCCGCUGGGGUAAGCUGGGCCUCUGCCUGUGGGUUCAGGAGUCGCCCCCCGCCCCCGGCCACCCGUUUUGACCACACCAGGUAGGGCAAGGAGGGAACAGGCGAAGGCUGUCCCAGCUGGUGUGGAGCAGCUCUCUGGGCCACGCUCCCUCCAGGUGCCUUCCUAGAAUGGUGUUUCCUCUUGUAGCCCGUUGUAGGAUACAUUCUGGGCACGGGGACCCAAAAUUAAUUACUAAUACUUGAGAGGUAAGGGGUAUGGGGGCGUUCCAGUGGGGUCUUCUCACCCCAGGUAACCCGGCUUUGGACACAUCCAACCAGGGACCUGGGGAGGGUGUGGCUGUGCUACCCUUUACCGGCCUCCUGGGGCAGGCGUGACUGGGGGCUGGUUGUGCCCACGCACUCUUACUGGUCAGCAGGGGUUGGCUCAGGUCCACUGGUCAGGAGGGCAGCUUAGUGAGAGGUGGAUGGGGGCUCAGUGUGAGGUUAGGGGAGCCCGGUCUCGGCUCCUGCCCUUCCCCCUGUGGUGUGCUGUAAAUAGCUGCACAGGUCCAAUCCAAGGCCUCGCCAGCCUGUGGCCCCCAAGGGUUGCGGCCACCAUCCUGUGCGCCUCGGUUGUGUCCAGGCAGAAGGCCCUUCCCACCUCCAGAUGGAUCCAGAGUGGGGGGAGGUGCCCCAGAGGACAGCCUGUGCACUACCCACUGUCCAGAUGAGUCCCUCAGGGCUCCUGUGGGCAGCUGCGGACGGCCGUGGCAGGAAGAUGGGAUGGUACCUAGCCCCCGGCUGGAGAGGGCAGUGCCCCACCCCCGUCUUCAGAGUCCUGGGAAGUCCACGUUCCCCCCAAGUCAGGAGACAGGCACAGGCCAGGUGGCAUAGGGUGAGCCCAGCCAAAGCCCGGGUCCCUCCCGUGUACCA